UAAGUAUGACAAUUGUUUCCCGCGGAACGAUUGGGUUACCAGAAUAAGCACUUAUUCUGCUGUCAAGGCUGUUCUUUGAAAUUAUCGGAAAAACUUGUUUUUUCACUCUCUAACGAGUGUGUUUUGCUUUGCGAUUAAUUCAUGUUUGUUAGCUCAGGAAGACUCACAAUGAAAAUGGCAUUUAAACGCAAUGUCGUAGUGGGAGAGAAUGAUUUGUGCAUUGAAAUGUAGUUAAUUUUGUAGAGUGAUGAUCGUUUGCAAAUAGUGCAUUUUAAAAAUUAACAGUAUUAUUAAUUCAUACAUUUAAAUAAUAUGUCUUUCACUGCAAACUUUAUUACUGUGAUAAUAACAGUUAGUUUUUUUCAUAACGUGUGUCCUAGCUGUGUUUUCCAGGACGGUAAAUAUGAUCUAUCGGCAUUAGAUUGAACAUUUACUGUGAAUAGAACUUCAGCUUCUGAGCAGUUUAUAUAUAAAAUAAAUUUGAGUGGUGUGUCUCAGAAUUUAACAGAUUCUCAAAAUGCUUGUUUUGAUGCUGCUGUUUGUCAAACUAAACAAGGUACAAAUUCUAUCCAAGAUAUUGGUAGCAGUGAGUCUAGGACUUUUGUUAUGAGAGGCUCGGAAUUGCAUUUAACAUUUGUAUCUCGAACGCAACAUUGCAAGAAGAACAAAAUGAAAAACAUUACCUCAAUUAUCAAUCUAUGGUGUGUUUCUACUGCUGGAAUUGGCAAUCCUAUUUUCUUUUAUGAAUCUGAUGAUUGUGAAUAUAUUUUUGAUUGGGAGACGAUAGUAGUGUGUCCUAAUUUUUUCAAGGGGAAUCUUCAUACUGAUUUUACAAGUCCUGGUCCAAAGUCUGAUCCAUUUAAAGAUGAGGAACCAUCUAGUCAUAAAGCUGGAAUAGCAGUCAGUAUCAUUUUCACACUGGUAAUUCUGAUGGUAGUUGCAUUCAUACUUGCAAAACCAUCAAGGAGAGCUAGGAUCUCUUCAAUAUUUUGGAGCUUAUUUAGGAUUGUAAAUCUUCCUUUCAUCAGGUACAAAAGAUUCACUGGAGAAGGACUUGUACUUGUUGAUGCUUCACAAGCAUUUUAUAAUGAAGACCGAGAUACAGAGAUGUUGUCUUAAAUAGUUGUGAGGGUCUUCCACUCCCCUCUCCUUCCACCAAACCACACAAGAGGACUUUUGGCUCGCCGCAUAUUUAGAGUGCUGCCAUGCCACACCGACACUAUCCAUUUACAAACAUUCAUGCU